GGGGGGAAAGCUCCACCAUGGCGGGGGUGGCCCAGCCGGGGCUCGAGCUGGGCAGCGUCUUGGUGCAGGUUCAAGAAGAUCUUCAACAGUUGAAGGAACAACUGCGAGAUUUUAGCCAUGACUGGGAAAUAGCAGAUCCUGAAAUUUUAGAAUCGGUUGUUGAACAGGCAGAGGACAGACUGAGGAAGCAUGCAGAGAACUAUUUAAAUGCAGUGAACAGAUCAGUGCUAACUAUUUUCCCAGCAGACGAUGCAGAACGGACUUCAAGACAGAUUUCCAGAUGGGGGAUCCCCUUGGAGCCUUCUCAGAAAGAAAUCAUUUUCCCCAAGAUGCCCGGAAUCGCCCCUCCUGUCAGGGCAGCCCUGCCUCCAGCCUCAUCUUUGGGCUCAAAGCACAAGCUUUCAAUGAUGAUGAGGAUUCUGUGUGACCCAAAACAUAUAUACCACCGAAGCAUUGUAAAUCAGAACUAUGGUGUCAGUUUGCCGUUGGUGAAUCAGAGGAAAACAACCUAUGCACCCACACACAAGAUUGCAAAAGGUGUGACUGUCAACAACCUUUCCGUAGCUCUACCAGCCGCCUCUUGGAACAAGAUUCGCCCUGCCAUGCCUGUUUCGGAGAAAGAUGCAGGGAGAGGCAUCCUAAAUCUAAUUGAAAGAGGACUGAUCCCACGUGCUGCUAGGAUUACGCUAGAGAAGCCACCCAUCCAGCCAAGACCUGUCCCUCUCCAUGAAUUUCAGACAAAAUACAAGAAGGUUGACGCAGAUGGGGCUCGGCAGAGCGAGAAGGUAGAAGUGGCUCCCCUCCCCUCUCAGAAGCUCACCCAGGUCUCCGAGUGCCCAGCAGAAGGAGGAAAGGAGAAGAAAGCAACCAAGGGGAGCAUCGCCCCCCCACCAUCUUGUAUCUCCGUCAUUUCCUCCAAGAAACUCAAACAGCAGCAAGUCCUUCAGGCCAUGAGACUAAGGGAGUCAGCGGCCUCUUCGAUUUGCUCAGCAAAGACUCCGGAACCCAUCCCGCUGGAGACCUUCAAGAAGGUGGCCUUUGAGUUUGAAAUCCCCGUCUGCAAAGGUGUCCUUGAUUACGCAGCCUCCGACCUGGCCCAGUUCAAGCAGUACUGCUGCCUCCUCUGGGGAAACGUCUUCACCUUCCUGCAGCAAGUGGAGGCGCUGAUGAAGGACUACGCCGUCCCUCUGGCCAUCGUCCUGGGGAAGAAAGUGAUGGACCUCGUGCCGGAUUUUGAGCUGAGCCAGAGAGCAACCCGGGAGGAAAUCCUCUCGGUCUUAAAGAAUGUCUCCACCGUUCAGAGGUUUCUAAAGCAGCCUGGCCGGAGAUACAAAGCUCAAAAUGGGAGGGAAAAAGCAGCCAUCAAGAUCCAGGCGACCUGGAAGUGCUACAAGUUGAGAAAAUCCUACAUUGGAUUCAGGCACCGGCAGUGGGCCUCGGGCAUCAUUGCCAUCUCUUGGCUGAUCCACGUUCACCUGCAGCGUGUCCGAAAGACCCUGAAGGAUUCCCGGCAGAAACACCUGGAGAACUUCCACCUCAGGACCAAGCAUCUGGCCGCCAACUGGAAUCGCAUCAGGAGCUCUAGGAGGACGAUUAUCCAUAUCCCAUCGUUAGGAUACAAGCAGUCCCUCCGAGAGGCCGAUCCAGAUUUCGCUGUUCAUCAGGGAUCACAGUUCGGAAGGCUGUGCGAGAUCAAAGAUCCAAAUGUGGACGUCAUCUAUAUUUGCCCCUUGGAAUUAAGUGAAGAAUUGCUGCACUACUACCAUAAACUCCUGGGUUUGCAGCCAGCCGUUCGGUCUGGGAACCCCGAGGACGUUGGUGACCUACAGGACAGGUUCAAAAUCCUCACCCCUGAAGCCAUCAACAGUUUUCCUAACCGCCCCAUGUCCCUGGCUGCCUUCUUGAAAUACAGCCCUAAGACCCUUAAAAGGGUCAGAAACCUGGUCCAAGGCCAGGAGGCCUAUAUCGUGGGAGGCCUUCUGAACCAAGAUGACCUGGAAGUGGCCGAUGCGUUAGACUUGCCCAUUCUCGGCUCUGAUCCAGAAGUGGCUCAUCUCUACAGCACCAAGUCUGGAAACAAAAGAGUCUUUGACGCUGCAGGGGUUCCGGUGCCUCCCGGGCAGUUUGACAUCUAUAGCAGGCAGCAGAUGAUUGAGGCCCUCAGUCAGCUGAUUAUAGACAACAUCGAAGUGCAACGUUGGGUGUUCAAGGUGGAUAAUGAAUUUGGGGGAAAUGGGACUGCAUUUUGUGACAUCGCUAAAUAUCUCCAAUGCUAUGAUUGGAUUAUGAAGGAGCAUCAUCGAUACGGAGCAGAGAUAUGGAGUAAGAGAUGGGCUCAUGAACCAGCUUUGGUGAGGCUCUCCCAGGAGCUGCCGGGCCUUUUAGCACAGCACGCUCAGCCUGUCAAUGAGAAACGAUUUCCUACAUGGGGGAAAUUCCUCCAAACGUUUGUGAGCCAAGGUGGAGUCAUAGAAGCCUUCCCGCCUUCCGAUAGCAUCACCAGCCUCACCGUGGACAUGCUGAUUGAACCGACCGGGGAACUCACCAUGGUUUCCUGCGGUGACCAGUUUCACGCCGACAGUCCCUUGCAGUCUUCGGGGACGACCCUUCCUCAGGCUUCCGUUGAACCCAAGCUCCUUCAUCAGCUGUGUUUUAAAAUCGGGGAGGCCUGCAAAUCCAGGGGCGUGGUGGGAUACUUUUCUAUCGACUUUGUGACUUUCAUCCACCCGCAGUCCUUGGCGCAGCAGGUUUGGGCCACAGACUUGGAUCUGCGCUACAGCGAUCAGCUGGCCAUGACUCAGGUCGCGCUCUACAUAACAGAGGGGAUCUUCGACUGCACGUCAAGUCGCUUCCAGAUACAACUCCCUUCAAAGAAGCCACCUGUGCAGAAGGAACAGACCCGAUCCACUUCCCCUGGCAGCCGCUACGUUCUCAUGAGCAGUUCGAUUAAGAAUGACAACCUUUCCUUCAUUUACUAUAAUGUUUUCCUCCAGAUGUGCAAGGCUCACGGGAUCGGCUACGAUGUGCAGCUAAAAGAAGGAACCGUUUUUAUCUUGUAUGAAGACAAGAAACGAAACACAUUUGGAAUGAUAACAAUUGGAGAACAUCUCCAGGGGGUCCUCAUGACCUUUGCUCAGCAUCUCUUCAUCAUCUAUCAAGAAUUAUCAGCACCUAAUAUGCAUGCCGAGACCAAUUUUAAGGGAGCCAUUCAAGAUAUUGAGAAGAUCUUGGGGGUUACAGAACCGAACAAGUUAAAAUUUGAAGAGGAAAAGGUGGCCUCAAAAGUCAAAAGAUCCAGAAAAUAAUUAAAAUACACUCUUCACACCUUGAGAUUCUUAUCAGGCAUCUUCAAACUCUUCGUUCUUUUGAAGCUUUUACAGUUGUAAAUCUGAAACUGUUUUUUUGGAUUUUUGAAAACUACAUUUAGGGAAGCUAAGUAGGUCUUAGUAGUGACCCAGGUUUUUAAAAACUGUUAAUAUUAGAUUCAAUUUCCUCUGUGUGCUGAGCAUGAACAU